AUGGCUUCAACUCAACUCUCUCAGUUUACUCACAUGUUUUCAAUUCCUUCAAUUUCGAAUAAUCCUUCUGAUACCUUAUUCCCUCUUAAUAUUCCUUUAUAUAAAAAUAAUAAAAUUCCCGGUCUUUCUAAAUCAUUGGAAACGCGAAAAGAUCCUACUUUCUUAGAUGUUAGAAAUAAUAAUCUUGAUAAUAUCUCUAGUUCUAGUUCUUCGCGAUCUCUUCCACGCGUCGUUUUUAGUGCUAAAUUUUCUCCUCAAAGACCUAUUUCUCCUAGUGAGUUCUCAUCAAGUCCCGCUUCAUAUAGUUCUGCUGAAGAUGAUAUUGUUUCAAAUGAUCAAGAUUCCAAUGAGCAAGAUGCAAUAUCACCCCUUGCAUCUUUGGCCAUAGUUGCAAGUAAGAUUCAUCAUCAUCCUUCUCCUGUUAUCUCUGUUGCAAGUAGUGUAGCUUCUAGUCCUCCUUCAAGUCCUUGCCCUGCCAGUCCUCGUCGUUCUUCUAGAAAACCAAAACCAAGUAAUCGUUCUAAAGAUCAAAUACUGGGCAAACGACGUUUAUCUGGUCCUGCUACACGUCUAAGAAAACAUACAUCUAUUAUUUCUGAAGAUGAUGAAAAGGAAAUUUAUUAUCGUGAGCGUGCCGCUCCAAUACUUGCAGUUCUUGAUGCUCCUUAUACUAGACCAAGACGUAUUCCAUUAACUAAUGCUCAUGGUGUCAUUGGUUGUGGUGGUUAUAAUCCUAUUCCUUCAAAAAAUCCUAAUUAUCCCGUUCCUCCUUCAAAAACUGCCAUAAUGUCAACUUGGUCUCCUUAUCAACGUAAAAUUUUCCUCGCUUCUUAUUUAGAGCAUGGAAAAGAUUUUGGUUUGAUUGGUAAAAAAGUACAUAAAACUACUGCUGAAGUCGUAGAGUUUUAUUAUCUAAUUAAACAUACUCCUGAAUUCAGAAUGGCAAAAUCUAUGAAGAAAGAAUUGGAACUAUAUGAAGAAGACCUUAAUAAAUUCGAUGCUCAGGUAAAAGGUCUUGCUAAAUUGGCCCAUGGGAAAAAAGGUGGUCGAAAAAAGAAGGCAGUUCGUAUUUGA